GCAACUAUUUUAAACUAGUUGUGAAUAAUAUCCUAGAAAAAAGUAUGCGCGCGGAUUACUUAACUUGUUUCUCUAUAUUAUUAUUAUUAUUUCCCGCCCAAACAGUGUGAACCUCAGCUCCCCCAACCCCGGCGGCGCGUUGAACCAAUCGCCGCCGUUGCCAUGACCGGAGAAAUGGUGAUGAACGGUAGGAUUCAGCAGAAAUUGACUAACCCUAUUGGUCUCGGUAAAACACUGUCGGUCUAUUUCCCCGGCACGGAAUUUCAUGCCGUUGAUCCACAAUUCCGACUCGCUUCUGAGCUUGUUCGGUUCUUCUCUACUCCUUCUGGUGAACAAUUCGUUUCACAGGUUAAAUCGAGAAUCGCCAAUUUUGGUUCUUAAGGUGAAGGAGGUUGAUGGCACAUUCUUAUUGCAACUGGAUUUUCAGCAAUUCUGUAAACUUUGUGAGCUCCAGGAAUUUUAUGCAAUGUUAGAGAGUAAAUCUAAAGAUGCUCUAUUGUGUAUGAGUGCUGCAUUACACAAGCAGGUUUACUUUACGAAAUUGGGGGAUCAAAAUUUUGAUGAUUUUGUGAAGAUAAAUAUCCGUCUCCACAACUAUCCUCAAUCAAUGAUUGGAUUGAAGAACCUAAAAGCUGCUUAUAUUGAUAGGCUUGUCUCUGUACGUGGUACAGUGGUAAAAGUCAGCACAGUCAAGCCUCUGGUGAUGCAAAUGAGUUUUGCCUGUACUAAGUGCGGAACCAGUAUUACUCGUGACUUUCCAGAUGGAAAAUUUUCACCUCCACCAGUAUGUGAAUUGCAUGGCUGCAAAUGUAGGACUUUUAAUCCCAUAAGGUCUUCAGCUCGAAUUAUAGACUUUCAGAAAAUAAGAAUUCAAGAGCUGCUGAAAUCCGAACACCAUGAAGAGGGGCGGGUACCUCGAACUGUUGAAUGUGAACUAACUGAAGAUCUUGUGGAUGCAUGCAUCCCUGGAGAUAUUGUGACUGUCACUGGUAUUAUUAGGGUGAUUAACAAUUACAUGGAUAUUGGAGGAGGAAAGUCAAAAGGCAAGAAUCAAGGACUUUAUUAUUUAUACCUAGAAGUAGUUUCUAUUACAAACUCGAAGUCUCAGUCAACACCUGACAGUUCGCAAGAUAACUCUAAUGCUAGAGCUACAGAGUUAUUUGAUAUAUACUCAUUCUCUCCAAAGGAUUUGGAAUUUAUUGUUAAGUUCUCUGAAGAACACGGUUCUGAUGUCUAUCGACAAAUACUUCAAUCUGUUUGCCCCUCGAUCUAUGGUCACGAGCUUGUUAAAGCGGGAAUUACAUUAGCGUUAUUUGGUGGGGUGCGGAAGCAUUCCAUGGAUCAGAAUAAGGUUCCCGUGAGAGGAGACAUUCACAUAAUAAUUGUGGGUGAUCCUGGAUUGGGUAAAAGUCAACUACUUCAAGCGGCAGCUUCCAUUUCUCCUCGUGGCAUAUAUAUUUGUGGCAAUGCAACAACUAAUGCUGGUCUUACUGUUGCUGUUGUCAAGGAUCCUUUGACCGGGGACUAUGCGUUUGAAGCAGGUGCUAUGGUUCUUGCAGAUCGUGGAUUAUGCUGCAUUGAUGAGUUUGACAAAAUGUCUGCUGAACAUCAGGCCCUAUUGGAGGCUAUGGAACAACAGUGCGUCUCUGUUGCAAAGGCAGGACUUGUUGCAAGUUUGUCAGCACGGACAUCUGUUUUAGCAGCAGCAAAUCCUGUUGGUGGCCACUACAACCGUGCAAAAACUGUGAACGAGAACUUGAAGAUGAAUAGUGCUUUGCUUUCACGAUUUGAUUUGGUGUUCAUAUUACUUGAUAAACCUGAUGAAGUGCUGGACAAGCGGCUCUCUGAGCACAUUAUGUCACUUCAUGCAAAAAGUGUAGAGGAGCCACCAGUCGCAAAACGGUUAUGUACAGCCUCGCUGGAUGUUAGAGAAAUUGACAUGAACACGAAGCAGGGUUCUUUAGUUGCAAGGCUGAGACUGGACCCUAAGAAAGACAGUGGUUUUGUUCCAUUGCCUGCCCCUCUUCUCCGUAAAUACAUCGCUUAUGCAAGAACUUACAUAUUUCCUAGGAUGACAAAACCAGCAGCAGAAAUCUUGCAGAAGUUUUACUUGAAGUUGAGGGAUCAUAAUAUGUCCGGAGAUGGUACACCAAUAACAGCCAGGCAAUUAGAGAGCUUGGUGAGGUUGGCAGGAGCUCGAGCUAGAGUAGAUCUAAGAGAAGAGAUAACGGAGCAAGAUGCUUUGGAUGUUGUGGAAAUAAUGAAAGAGUCAUUAUACGAUAAGUAUGUUGACGAGCAUGGAUUUGUGGAUUUUGGACGGAGUGGGGGAAUGAGUCAGCAGAAAGAAGCAAAGCGGUUUUUGAGUGCCUUGCAUAAGCAGUCAGAAUUGCAGCAAAAGAAUUGCUUUUCAAUUUCGGAAAUAUAUAGUCUGGCAGAUCGGAUUGCAUUAAGGGUUCCAGAUAUUGACACAUUCGUGGAUAACCUUAAUAGUGUUGGUUAUUUACUAAAGAAGGGUCCCAAGACAUAUCAGGUACUAUCUUCAUCUUAUUCACAAACAUCAAGGUCAAGAGGAUAGUCGAACAACACUAACGACUAAGGCCACGAUUUCAUGCAUCAUUUGCUUCUUUUCUAGAAGUUGUAUGUGAUUAUACGCUAUUUUGGAAAGAAAGUCCUGCCAUUUUGGCUUCUUAAUGUAUUAAUAUGUUCUUUUCAUGUAAAUAGUCCUAAUUAUCUGACCUUUUGGUGAUUCUGAAGAAAUAAGCACAUAAUAGCAGGUGCCCUUCAUGUAAUCUGUGUAACGUUAUUGCUAUGUUACAGUUCCAGUUUUUCAUACUUCA